UCCGCACUCGCAAACAAGUUCACUGCAUUAAGCCUGCACUUACGUUUUUGUCACAGCGAGAUCAUUAAUAACAAAUCUAUUUAUAAACGCUUAAUAAACGUCAAAAACGAAAAUAGAAACGAUUCAAUGGACUUUCUCCGAAGACCACGUUUUUAGGUUAUGUUGUUAUUGUGCUCAAACGAACUGUCAGGACGUGUUGUGAUAAGGAUAAAAACAUGGAGCAAUCUAUACGAAGUGGACUGCACCGGCGACACUUCAUAAGCACUCAUGUCGAGGAUAUACCUAUGGACACUAUUCGAUUAGUGUCACCGAUUAACAGAUUCGCUAUUUUACAAGGAAAUUUUAAUUAUGACGAUGAUUUCCCUGAAAAGCCUUACAAAUUGAAAACGAAAAUCAUAAUAUCAGCACUAAUAACUUUAGUUCUGAUAUCAGCAUUAAGUGGUUACCUCAUUGGUAAAGCGGAAUAUAAUGCAAGGAAAUUGUCGGCUCCCCCGGAUCCAGUAAACCCUCUGCCACCGUCACCGUCAUGGCUCCAUGUGUUCAAGAAGGCAGCGGUUUGCACAGAUGCACCGCACUGCUCGGAAAUUGGCAGACAUAUACUAUCAAUCAAUGGCUCAGCAGUGGAUGCCACUAUCGCGGCGAUGUUCUGCAACGGACUCCUCAACCAGCAGAGCAUGGGUCUUGGAGGAGGAUUCUUUAUGACAGUUUACGUCAAGGAGGAGGAGAAGGCGUACACGGUUAUCGCUAGGGAGAAGGCUCCCGAAGCUGCUACCCAGGAUAUGUUCAACGGAAACUUCGAUAAAGCUUCGAAAGGUCCUUUAGCAGUUGGCGUGCCGGGCGAGCUUCGUGGUAUGUGGGCGGCUCAUAAGCGAUGGGGCAAGCUGCCUUGGGAGAAACUAGUGACACCAACCCUCGAGUUUUGCAAAUACGGGUUCACGAUAUCGAAGGCUCUCUACGAUGGUCUCGAAACUGCACCUUAUAUCAAAAACGACCCACAUUUAAAGAAAAUGUACUUUAAUAGUUCGAAGAACAAAUUCCACAAGCCAGGCACACUUGUCAAGCCUAGCGAGGCUCUCUGUAACACGCUCCGAGUAAUAGCCGAGAAGGGCGGGGACGAGCUGUACAACGGUACUUUGGCCGUCGAAUUCUUGGAAGAUCUGAACAGAGUUGGCAGCAUCAUUACCGCUGAUGAUUUGAAGAAUUACCAGCCAAAGAUCACAGACCCAAUUUCCGUAUCAUUGAGAAAUGGAGAUGUCCUAUAUACCCCUCCACCGCCCAGCAGCGGAGCUAUUUUGGUCAACAUUCUAAACAUCCUCAGCAGCUACAAUUUUACAAACGAAAGUAUAAAUGGGACAGAUAAUAAAAUACUCACUUACCACAGGAUAUUAGAAGCCUUUAAAUACGCUUAUGCGGCUAGGACUAAACUGGGAGAUGAGAAUUUCCUAGAUUUGAAUGACUUCUUGUACAAUAUAACAGCACCCGACUAUGGUCAUGGAAUUCGACUCAAAAUAAACGAUACUAUGACAAGUAACGACACAAAUCACUAUGGAGCCACUGAGUACCAUAAAUCCGAUUCUGGGACUGCCCAUAUAUCAGUAUUAGCGGAAAACGGCGAUGCUGUAUCAUUGACCAGCUCAAUAAACUUUUACUAUGGCGCUGGUUUCUCGACUCUCAACACCGGCAUCAUUAUGAACAACGUUAUGGACGACUUCUCUUCCCCCGGUAUCACGAACUACUUUGGUUUAAAGCCAUCACCUGCUAACUUCAUCGCGCCUGGCAAGAGACCUCUGUCCUCGAUGAGUCCCAGCAUUAUCGUUGAUAGGAAUGGCAAUGCAAAACUUAUUAUUGGUGCAUCUGGUGGGACGAAGAUCGUGACUGCUAUUGCAUUGGUAACAAUGCGUAAAUUAUGGUUCGACCAGAACAUCAAAGAAGCGGUUGAUGAAGCUCGCAUUCACCAUCAAAUAUUCCCGAUGUAUGCUCAAUACGAAUUUGGCAUAAUAGAGGAUAUAGUCAAAGGUUUACAAGCAAAGGGUCAUGGUAUGGAGCGAUAUGGUGGUAGGGGUUCCAUUGUAUGCGCGCUCUUCAGGAACCAGACAGCAAUAUAUGCCAAUGCAGAUUUUAGGAAGGGAGGCGAUGUCGCUGGAAUUGAUUAAGAAAGCAGUGCUUAUAUUGUGCAAUUUUAAAUUAUAAAAAUCAAAAGACUUUUACUUCACUAACAUAAGCGUGAUUUUAAUGCCGUAGUUUUGUUUUUGAAUGCAACAUUUUAAUGCACCAUGUUUUUUUUUCUAAAUUGCAACAGUAUAUAGCUGUUACUUAUGUUUUCCACAAAAUCGACCUAAUUUUAGAUUAUUCAAAGUUGAGUCCCAGUGAUAAAUUAAUUAAAUCUUGAUAAUAAGGUAUUUGCUCACUAAGUAUUAUUGUUGUUUUAAUAUUAUAUUCUUAGAUACCAUAGUGAGAUAUUUUGUCUGAACUAAUACUUCAUAAGCACUAUGUACUUUAUUAGAAACAAACGCCCAUAGUACUAUAAUUACGAAAAUAUUUUUUUUUGAGGCUACAACUAUCAACCAUUCUUCUAGAAUAAUUAAAUAUUUAUUUAUAAAAAAAUAUGCAUAUUUUAAAUAACCUCCUAUAGCGUAAUUAUAAUUAUCUAAAACAAAAUAUUCAAAGCACAGUCUUUGAAUAUUUCUCAAUUCUCAUUACGUGAAAUAAAAUAACAGAUCAAGAUACAACCAUCGUCGUUUAUUUUAAUAAUAAAUACAUUACAAUAUAUUUUUUGCGUUCCCCUUGAAGUGUUGCUGUAUCAAAAAACUAAAACAUUAAUGAAUGUAUUAAAUACAAAGAAUGAAAUGAAUGACAAUAAAGUAUAAAAAGGCUCGAAAAUCGAGAAAUUUAAUGAAUUUGUAUUAUUAUUUAAUUUCAUCAAUGUUUAACACUUGUUUAUAUUUUCUUAAUGUCGAAGUAAUAUAU